GCUCAGUUGCGAAUAAGCCAAAAUUGGGUAGAAAAAGAUUGGUCAAUGUCGACGUAAUGAACUUCAUCGACAUUUCGAUGGAAAAAAAUGUAGAGUGUACUUCUGUGGAUUUACAAAAAUUAAUCCUAGAAAAAUUUGGUUUGUCGUUGACAACAUCAUCCAUUCAAUACACUAGACGGAAAUUAGGCUGGGUAUUAAGUGGAAUCAAGUACUGCCAGCUAAUACGUAUUCCCAACGAAAUUGCACGACUAGAGUUUGUUCAAAAAUGUGUCGAAUGUAAAGACGACUUUGCCAAUGUAAUCUUCACUGAUGAAUCGACAAUAAUGUUAGACAAACAUGGGAGGUUAUGCUUUAAAAAACGAGGAGAACUAUCAAAAUUGAGGCCCUCCGUGAAGCACUCAUAUAAAGUACAUGUAUGGGCUGGAAUUUCGAAACGAGGACCCACAAAUAUUUUUCAGUGGCAUAAUUUUAAGGGACACCCUGAAACCAUUUGUGGAUCGAGUCUUCCCUGA